CCUGUGUGCAGCAGUAAUGGCGGCUCCCAUGUCCUGGAGGAGGCUGGUGUACUCCGUGUACUCACCGGCCGUCGCCGGUGUUUUUACCCGAAUAACGGACCGGCUGUUUCGGGCUCGGGACAGGACAGGAGGAUCCUCGGUGCUGCUGCUGGCCCCCCUGCUGGCCGAAGCAGACCCGGCCCCCCGUCAUGUCAUGAGACCCAGCGGAUCGGCCGGCGCUCAGGGCACCGACGGCCUCUGCGCCCACUUCAGAUGGAUGGCAGAACACGUACCUGUGUUCCGCGUACCAGGAACCCACAUCCACAUUCUCACCUCACCGGACCAGUUCUACCAGGCCAUGAAGGCCCGUAUCAAGACUGCGAAGAGACGAGUGGUGAUGGCCUCGCUGUAUCUGGGAACAGGUCAGCUGGAGCAGGAACUGGUGGACUGUAUGGAGGAAGCUCUGGUGCGUUCACAGGACAGCGCUCACACUCCGGACCUCAGAGUCUCCAUUUUGUUGGAUUACACACGUGGCUCUCGAGGCCAGGUGAAUUCGCGGACCAUGCUGCUGCCGCUGCUGCAGCGCUUCACGUCCCAGAUGCGGGUGUCUCUGUACCACACCCCCGACCUGAGGGGGCUGCUGAGGCUGCUGGUACCGCAGCGCUUCAACGAGACCAUCGGAGUCCAGCACAUCAAGGCCUACCUGUUCGACGACAGCAUCAUCAUCAGCGGGGCGAACCUCAGCGACUCGUACUUCACCAACAGACAGGACCGUUACGUUCUUCUGGAGAACUGUCGGGAGGUGGCCGACUUCUUCUCUGAGCUGGUGGAUGCUGUGGGAGACGUGUCCCUGCAGCUUCAGCCUGAUGACUCCGUCACCAUGAUGGAGGGCAUGGUCCACCCGUACAAAGGAAACAGGCAGGACUUCUCAGCAGUGGCUAGGAAGCGGAUCAUGGAGGUUCUGAACACGGCCCAGAUCAGGCAGCAGCUGUCCGGUCGGUCCGAGGACUCGGAGGACGAGGGGAUGAGCGAGGGCGAGGAGGACACCUGGGUGUUUCCUCUGGUGCAGAUGAAGCCUCUGGGGAUCCAGGUGGACGAGCAGGUCACACAGCGCCUGCUCACAGAUGCCGGGCCAGACUCCACUGUGUUUUUAACAUCGGGUUACUUCAACCUGACCCGGACCUACAUGCGGAUGGUUCUGGGAGCCGGAGCCAGCUACCGCAUCCUCACCGCCUCCCCGGAGGUCAACGGGUUCUUUGGGGCCAAAGGCGUCGCCGGAGCCAUCCCCGCCGCGUACAUUCACAUCGCCAGACAGUUUUACAAGCAGGUGUGUCAACUGGGCCAGCAGGACCGGGUCCACCUGCACGAGUACCAGCGACCGCAGUGGACCUUCCACGCCAAAGGUCUGUGGUAUUACCUCCAGGGGCAGGACCGGCCCUGUCUCACUCUAAUUGGCUCUCCUAAUUUUGGUUACCGCUCGGUUCACCGUGACCUGGAGGCCCAGAUCGCCAUAGUAACGGAGAAUGAGGAAUUACAGGCUCAGCUGCAGGAGGAGCAGGAAGUGUUGUAUCAGAGCUCCACAGAGGUGUCCACGUCCACGUUCGAGAGGCCGGACCGACAUGUGAAGCUGUGGGUCAAACUGGUCACACCACUCAUCAAGAACUUCUUCUGAGAACUGAGCAGGAUGAAGGCUCCUCCUCCUCCUCCUCUGUGGGACCUGUCGUUGAAGGUUCAGAUGGUUGCUGGUUCUGGUCCUGCCUUGCAGAUGGACCCCUCAGUCCAGUCCAGGACGUGUGUGUGUGCUGGUUUCAGGAGGUCAUUCUGGUUUUGUUGAGGUGUUUUGUUUGAUUCUUCUUGACCUGCCGUCGUUCUGGUGCAGUUCAACCUCCGAACAUUUCAAGCUGACAUUUGUCUGCCGUUAAAACGUGUGUAGAUGAGACCCAGACCUAAUGAUGUGGGACUGGUUUAAUGAAAGGUGGAGUUUCUGAGCCCAGAAGGAGCCUCCAGGAUCCUCUGGUGGUGUGUUUACAGCUCUGAAGGGACCUCAAGCAGUGAUGGAAGCUAACUGUACAGUCUGCAUGUCCUGUUAUCUUUGUAAAUUAAAGUUCCAUGUGAGGUUUGAAAUGUGG